AUGGAGAAACACCACCCAGGUCCCGUGCUUUCUUCCACAGAGCUCCGCACCAAACAAGGCAUCAAACUCGAACCUCAACCUCAAGGCGCAGAAGAUCCCCUCACCUGGCCCAUUACCAAGAAGAUCACCACCCUCGCCAUCAUCUCCUUCUGCGCCUUCGUUGGCCAAGCCCAAGCCCAAGCAAGUACCGCAGGCAUCGCUGUCCAACUCCUCUUGGCCGGCCACAGAACCAUCUCCUCUUGCCCAGUCCUUCACAAACCCUUUGACGCCCUCCUCAUCGGUCUCCAGCCCAUCACCAUCAUCUGCGGUCUCUUCUCAAUGAUAACCUUCGGAUGGGCCGUCGCCACAGCCGUGCUCGUCCCCGUCUUCCUCCAAACUCCUACCUCUGAAGACGGCUACGGAUUCUCGCCCAUAUCAAACGCCUGCUUCAGCUUCGUCACCUGGAUCACUGCCCUCCUCGGCUAA